GCGCGUGGCGGGACCUCGGCCGGCCUCAGACCUCGGGGGCUCGGUCUGCGAGCGGUUCCUGAUCUCCCAGUAUAGCGCCGACUGACAUUGCAAAGGAGGACUCCAGUAGGGGAGAAAAAGAGGGGAGAAAAGCAACGGAGGCCAGCAUAGAAGGGACUAGUGUAGACCUUCUGAGCGACCCGGAGCAUUGGACCGCGGAGACCCGGGCGGGACCGCGGAGGUGCGGGGCCAGGAGCAGCGGAAGCCGUGCGGUCCGCGGGGCUGAGUUUUCUGGCACCUCGGGUCACGCCUCCUUGGCGAGAAGGCGGGUCACCUGGGAUUGCUUGCAGCUACUACAGAACUUCCUGCCCUGGUGGUGAAGUGGGUCUCGCCUGGGUCGCGCUAGCUCCUGGUUUGAGGCGUGGGACUGAGUUCACAAGGUGCUGCUCCCGCAGCCAAGAGGGGUUGGGGAACGGAGUCUGCGAGCCUCCGCGCCCCCAGUGAGUGGCUCGGUGUCGGGUCCUCCCUCCCCCGCAUCAGAAUCCCUCGGGCUUUGCGCCUCCCUCCCCGGGACCCCUCGCCCGGAUAUGGCCGCGUGGAUGCGGGGCAAGGACUCCUCCCGCUGUCUGCUCCUACUGGCCGCGGUGCUGAUGGUGGAGAGCUCACAGCUCGGCAGUUCGCGGGCCAAACUCAACUCCAUCAAGUCCUCUCUGGGCGGGGAGACGCCUCUACAGGCCUCCAAUCGAUCUACGGGCACAUACCAAGGACUGGCUUUCGGCGGCAGUAAGAAGGGCAAAAACCUGGGGCAGGCCUACCCUUGCAGCAGUGAUAAGGAAUGUGAAGUUGGGAGAUACUGCCACAGUCCCCACCAAGGAUCUUCAGCCUGCAUGGUGUGUCGAAGGAAAAAGAAGCGCUGCCAUAGAGAUGGCAUGUGUUGUCCUGGUAACCGCUGCAAUAAUGGCAUCUGCAUCCCAGUCACUGAGAGCAUCUUAACCCCGCACAUCCCAGCUCUGGAUGGCACUCGGCACAAAGAUCGAAACCAUGGCCAUUACUCAAACCACGACUUGGGGUGGCAGAAUCUAGGAAGACCACACACUAAGAUGUCACACAUAAAAGGGCACGAAGGAGACCCCUGCCUGCGAUCAUCAGACUGCAUGGAAGGGUUUUGCUGUGCUCGUCACUUCUGGACCAAAAUCUGCAAGCCAGUGCUCCAUCAGGGGGAAGUCUGUACCAAACAGCGCAAGAAAGGUUCUCACGGGCUGGAAAUUUUCCAGCGGUGUGACUGCGCAAAGGGCCUGUCUUGUAAAGUAUGGAAGGAUGCUACCUACUCCUCCAAAGCCAGACUCCACGUGUGUCAGAAAAUAUGAUCACUUCAGAGAAAAUGCGUCAUGAGCAGACUGAAUCUGCAUUUAGUGCAUCACAGCACAGUGGGAAAUAGGAUUUGGCUCUCAGAAGAAUGGCUAAUGUAAGGCAUGUGAUAAGAAUAUGAAUCACAGAGCGAGAGAAAGAAAAAGAGAACUAAGUCUAUUGGAAAGGGUGACGAAUGUAGUACAACUAGUGUGUUUCCAUUAUGCAGCUUGUUUAUGUAAAUAAUGUGCACACUUGUGAAAAUGCAAUUACUAAAAAAAAGAAAGUACAGUGAAAAUCACUGACCAUGUGACUUCUCAAGAGGUUAGGCUGUGCUGCAGGAUCGGUUUCCUCCAGAUAGGAGGAGAUUGUUAAAAUAAAAGCCAUAUUUCUAUUCCAAGUUAUAGUUUGAUAAAACACUCCCAGUGUAUCUUGGUAUACAUAGAAUGUAAAACAUGAAAAAAAUGUUAAAUAGGAAAUGAAGCAGAGUUAAUUUGUAACACAGAUCACCGUUUAAUUUGAAACACUGCUUUUACUGUUCAAUUAAAGGCCUUGGUACACACACACACACACACACACACACACACA